UCGAUGAUGUCGCGAUAACUUCCUUCAUCUGAGGUCUGAAUGCAGAAAUGUGGAAUAAUAAUAUUCACAGCCUCGCAGCCGCACAAGCAAAAAACAACCCAUUCGUAAUCGUUCAGUCUGAGUGUCGCCCACUGUAGUGCGCAUGCGUUUGAGGGUGCCAUGAAGGUAAAGGUGAUCUCCAUCCUUGAGGACAACUACAUGUACCUGGUGAUUGAGGAGCAGAGUAAACAGGCUGUAGCUGUGGACCCUGCUGUACCACACCGGCUGCUUGAAAUAGUGAAGAGAGAGGGCUUGUCUCUGACGGCUGUUCUCACCACACACCAUCACUGGGACCAUGCUCGGGGGAAUGAAGCCCUGGUGAAGGAGGUCCCGGGGCUGAGGGUGUACGGAGGAGACGAUCGGAUCGGGGGUCUGACGGAUAAAGUCACCAACGCUCAGGAACUCAAGUUUAACUCCAUCAAUGUGAGGUGCCUGUUUACUCCCUGCCAUACCUCUGGUCACAUGUGCUACUUUGUUUGGGAGGAUGAGUGCACUGACGCCCCUGCUGUGUUCACAGGGGAUACGUUGUUUAUUGCUGGAUGCGGGCGGUUUCUUGAGGGUACAGCAGAACAGAUGUACCACAAUCUCACCCAGGUGCUGGGCUCCCUACCUCAAGACACGAAGGUGUUCUGUGGACACGAGUACACCAUUAAGAACCUGAAGUUUGCCAUGCUGGUGGAGCCAGAGAAUGAAAAGGUUAAAGAGAUGCUGAGCUGGGCCAGGGCCAGAGAUGAUGAUGACAAACCCACAGUGCCAUCUACCCUAAUCGAGGAGUUUGAAUACAACCCAUUUCUUCGCCUCUCGGAGGAAGGAGUACAGAAGUUCACAGGGAAGACGGAUCCUAUAGAGGUGCUGAGGGUCCUGCGGAAGGAGAAGGACAAAUUUAAGAAGCCCAAGGAGAGACCUUCUCCCCACGCCAUGUUGGCUUUGGAAUGGGGGCUUCUCAGACCCUGAGAUCCAGUUUCAGUUUAGACAUACUCAACCUUGAAUGACUGAAUGGAAGACAUGAGACUGUAGAGUGUGGUGUUUGUUGCUUCAACACGUUUGACCAGUUUAUGCCCCUGUUGACCCCCCAUGGGCAUGUGUGUUGUUUUAAGUAAUCAUAAAACAAUGUCUGCACAAAAAGGCCAGUAUAAAGCUGCUUUCAUUAAAUGUUCCAUUAUGCAUCAACUGCACCAGGUAAUGUCUACUAAUGCUAAUUCCCUUUGAAAAAACUGCUGAAAUGUAACUGUGUUUUCUGUAUUUGUUGCUGGUUUUGGGAGAAAAUAAGCUAAAUUUCUUCAUGAUUAUCUUUAUUAGACUGGUGUUCAUGUAAACUCUCAUUUAAACUUUUUACCCAUUUCAGUUUUGACAUACUGUAUAUAUUUUACAAGUCUUGCUUACUUUUGCAGUUGAACGCUACACAAUGUACACAAAUAUAAUUUAAGUAUUAUGUAUUUAUGUAUCUGUACUUCAGACUGCAUCUUAUACCCAGUAUUUCUGAAUAGGAGUUUGAUGUAACUAGGAUGGUAAACUGCUGCUUUUCAUCUCAAAGUUUACAUCCUUCUAAGUGUACAUCAGAGUCAAGAUUAUUCAAUAAAACACAUCAGUCUGA